CACAUACUACUCAUACAUAUCCCUCUCUCGAAUUGUCACAAUGCCUGGUCAGGUCGCUGGUUCCAAGGUUCUCCUUCUGGGCUCGGGUUUCGUUACCAAGCCCACCGUUGAGGUUUUGAGCAAGGCCAAUGUUCACGUCACUGUCGCCUGCCGUACCAUCGAAAGCGCCCAAAAGCUCGCCGAGGGCUUCAAGAACACCACAGCUAUUGCCUUGGAUGUCAACGAUGCCAACGCUCUCGACAAGGCUCUCGAGCAGGUCGACCUUGCUAUCUCCUUGAUCCCUUAUACUUUCCACGCCCUUGUUAUCAAGUCCGCUAUCCGUACUAAGAAGCAUGUUGUCACUACUUCUUACGUCUCUCCCGCAAUGCUCGAGUUGGACGAGGAGUGCAAGAAGGCCGGCAUCACAGUCAUGAACGAGAUUGGCUUGGAUCCUGGUAUUGACCACUUGUAUGCCGUCAAGACUAUUGACGAGGUCCACAAGGAGGGUGGCAAGAUCACCUCCUUCCUCUCCUAUUGUGGUGGCCUUCCCGCUCCUGAAUGCUCCAACAACCCUCUGGGCUACAAGUUCUCCUGGUCCAGCCGUGGUGUCCUUCUCGCUCUCCGUAACGCCGCCAAGUUCUACAAGGACGGCCAGGAAGUCAGCGUCGCCGGUCCCGACCUCAUGCUACCGCCAAGCCCUACUACAUCUACCCUGCUUCGCCUUCCCCAGACCAUCAUCCGUGGCACUCUCCGCUACCAGGGCUUCCCUGAGAUGAUCAAGGUCUUGGUCGACAUCGGUUUCCUGAGCGAUGAGCCCGCCGACUUCCUCAACUCCCCCAUCGCCUGGAAGGAUGCCACCAAGCAGAUUUUGGGCGCUACGACGGCUACCGAGAAGGACCUCGAGUGGGCCAUCGCCUCCAAGACCUCCUUCGCCAACAACGAGGAGCGCAACCGCCUUAUCGCAGGUCUCCGCUGGAUCGGCAUCUUCUCUGAUGAGCAGAUCAUCCCCCGCGGUAACCCUCUCGAUACCCUCUGUGCCACUCUCGAGAAGAAGAUGCAGUACGGCCCUAAAGAACGUGACAUGGUUAUGCUGCAGCACAAGUUCGAGAUCGAGCACAAGGAUGGCUCCAAGGAGACACGCACUAGCACCAUGUGCGAGUAUGGUGAGAUCGGUGGUUACUCUGCUAUGGCUAAGACUGUCGGUGUACCCUGUGGUGUUGCUGUCCAGCUGGUGCUUGAUGGCACUAUCAACAAGAGAGGUGUCAUUGCUCCCAUGACCUGGGACAUCUGUGCUCCCCUAAUUAAGACUCUCAAGGAGGAGUACGGCAUUGAGAUGAUUGAAAAGACUUUGUAAACUCGCUCUUGUUAGGGUGUAUACGAUUGAACUGUUUAACGAUCUAAAAUGUUUAUAAAGGGUUAGA